AUGGCUAGAAAAGCUAGUGAUGAUUCUCCUAAGCCCAAUGAAAUGAAUGUUGAGGAACCAAAGGUAGUUGAAGAAAAGAGUGAGAAGGAGGAGACUCCUAAAGAGGUAAAUAAAGAUGCUCCAAAAGUGAAUGAAACUCCACUUAUUCCAUUGUCACAAAUUAAAAUUCCUUCAUUCCUACAAAAGCUCCUAAAGAAAGAAGACAAAGUUGACUUGGGUGCACCUGUGCCUACCACCAUGAGACUUUUAAUGGCUAAUCGUUCAAUUAAAAAGCAUGUCGGUGUGUUGUAUAAUGUAUUGGUAAAAGUUAACCGGUUUAUCUUUUUGAUCGACUUUGUUAUCCUUGAUUGUACGGUUGAUCUUGAAGUCCCAAUCAUUAUUGGUAGGACAUUCUUUACUAUCAAAAGUAUGUUAGCUGAUGUGGAGUAUGGUGAGAUAAAAGUUCUGGUAAACAAUAAAGAAGUUUCCUUUAAUGUGUGUAAGUCCAUAAAGCAAUCUAUGGACUUGCAAGUGAUCUCGCUGAUUGAUGUAAUAGAUGAUGAAGUGGUUAAUUCAAUUAUUAUGGAUCUUGUGAAUGACCCUUUGGUGGGUGUAUUGUGUAACUUUGGCAGUGAGGAUAUUCAAGAAUAUGAUGAGGUGAUCGUUUCAUUGACAGUUCUUGGAUCUUAUACCAAGAACCCGGCCAAUUGGAUCUUGACUUGA